AUGAACCCAGCCGACUCAGAUCAAUUGACGGUGGCCAUUCACUCCCAAAACACCAGCCUGAGUCAGCAGGAGGAAAAGAUGUCUGCUCUGCAUAGUGGAGUGAAGGGGCUGGCGAAAUGUCAAGAGGAUUUCAAAGUAGCCAUUACAAGCCAAGUGAAUCUCCUGGCAGCCCAGCCGAACUGCGUCAUCAGCAGGUCGCAAUCUGGGCCGUGCUGCAGCCACUACACCCGGUUCACAGAGUUCGUCACGCUUUCAUCACCAGCUCCACCGAGGUUGGUGCCCUCUGAGGAGGUAGAGGAGCCCAUGCAGGUGGGCCAGGCCAAAUUGUCCACAGAGGAGCGUCUUUGCCUGCAGGAAGACAGAUGCUUCUACUGCGGGCAGCAAGGCCAUCUCCUUGCAGCGCUUCCAGCAAAAGAACAAGCUCACCACCGGCAGUUUGUGGUGGAGGUGGAUGCCUCCAAUAAUGGGCUGGGAGCCGUCCUGUCCCAGCGCUCUGAAAAGGACAAGAAGCUUCACCCCUGCGCCUUCCUGUCUCAGAAGCUCUCACCAGCUGAGCCGAACUAUGAUGUUGGGAACCGUGAGUUGUUGAUGGUCAAAAUAGCACUGGAAGAGUGGAGACAUUGGCCGGAGUCCCAGAACACCAAGCCCGAUGCCUUGUCCCGUCUGUUUGACCCCGAGCCCAUGGCCAAGGAACCUGAGCCCAUCCUACCACUGAACCAUGUGGCUGUCUGGGAAACAGAUGUGUCCAGUGAGGGUCCGUUCUUCUGCCCAGAAUGUCAGAUAUUUCUCCCCUCCGACCUCACUCUGGAGAUAAAUACCAGCCUUCAGACCAAAGUCAAGGAUUUCACCAUUAACAAGCCAUCAUCAGCGGAGACGCAGACAGCAGCUCCAGCUAAAUCACUUUCAGCUGUCCACUGUGACCACUGCAUAGAGACGCCAUCGGUGGCCAUCAGGACCUGUCUGACCUGCGAUGCCUCACUGUGCCAGGCUCACGCCCUGCUGCACCAGCAGAGGUCUGCUCUGAGGGAGCACACAGUGGUGGAGGUGACCAGAGAUCCGCUGUCUCUGAAGUGCAGGGAGCACCGUGAUGAGCUCAAGCUGUUCUGCAUGCAGGAACAAGUCCCUAGAAUGUUGGAGACCACCAUGAACGAACUACUGAAGAGGAGAACUGAAGCAGAACAUGCUAUGAAAGACUUGGAGACUCUGUAUACACAAGCAGUGAAAUCUGCUGCAGAUUUCAGAGAGAGAAUCUCGGAUAAGUACAGUAGAAUCCGUGUGGUGCUGGACGGUGAUGAGCGUCUGAUGAUGCAGAUUAUAGAUGCAGAGGAGACGUACAUGACAGAGUGGCUGGAGGCCCAGAGGGGAAUAAUGGAAGCACACAUCAAAGAGAUAGACAGAUUUAAAGCCUCCAGAAAGUUGCUCCUCCAGGAAACAAAUGAUCUGCGAUUCUUACAGUACAGUGUCGUGGCUCAGGAGAGUUAUACAAAAGGCCAGCACUACUGGGAGGUCAUUGUGCAGGACAAACCCUUCUGGAUGAUAGGAGUGACCACAGGGUCAGUCGAUAAAAAAGACAGUCCAAGUCAGAAUACCUCCAGCCUGGGUGUGAACAACACAUCUUGGUGCAUCUACCACGGAGAUGGACAGUAUCUGGCCUGUCAUGAUACUCAGGAGAAGCAGCUGUCAGUUGCAAAACAAGUUCGAAAGCUGGGCAUACUGGCCAACCUCCAGAAGGGGGAGCUGUCAUUCUAUGACGCUGACGCUAUGACCCUGCUUCACUCUUUCUGUGUGCAGUGUGCAGAGCCUCUCUACCCCAUGUUUAACCCUUGCAUUGAUAUGAAAGGAGUGAAUUGGCAGCCUCUUACCUUGUUUUGGAUCAAGGACCCUUGGGAUUGGCAUGGCGACACAGAUGGGGAUAAAUGUGAAGAAACCUUUAAAUGA